GUGGGUCAUAAGUUUGUCGCUCAUGGGGGGCUCAAUGUACCGAACCCCGACCCUGAAGUGUUGUUACAUGUCCCAGUAAAGUCAAGAUCUGGCCUGACGGGUAAUGACUAUAUGUCCAUGAACGUACAUUAUCUACAGAUAAUAUUAUCCUCGUCUAGGGUUUUGUUGCUAAAUUUGUUACGCUCCAUCCGGGUCCUUUAUAUUGCUGGUAUCAGAAUUUUACCUGAUUAAUUCAGACAAUUACACGAUUUACUGUCUUUGUUUAUCCGCCGGUAUUUUUGUUUUUGUGGAACUGACAACAUCAGGCAAAAAAAACUAUUUAAACUGCAGGGAUCCCCUACAAAUUUCCUAUUUAUAUAUUACACAUAAUAUUUGAACCUAUUCUAUUUUAACCAUGGGUAUUAAAGACAGAGUUAAGAGAGCCUCCAAGAUCUUCAUCAAUGAAGACAAGGAUGAACCCGUCGUUAAGGACGUGGAAGAUAAAUCCGAAACCGUGGCUGAACCAGCUGAGGAUAAGGUUGAAGAAGCCAAGAAGGAAGUCGAGUCUACUUCUAACAAGGUUGAGAAGGCCGUGAAGAAGAACAAGUUCUUCAAGAAGUUCAUCAACAAAUUCAAGAAGCCUGAAGCCAACAAGGCCUAAGAGAUCAACUUGAUACGUGUCUCAUAGGUACUCAUAUCCAGCGAAGUGUAUGUGUAAUAAUUUUAGUUUUGUUUGUAAUGGUUUUAAUAAUUAAUAUU